AUGGACUGCCCAGUUUAUCGCUUCCCGGUGUUUGAGAGAAGCUUCUGUGAGCAGCUGGUGGAGGAGCUGGAGCACUUUGAGCAGUCCUCCGCCCCCAAAGGAAGACCCAACACCAUGAACCACUACGGGAUCCUGCUGAAUGAACUGGGCUUCGACGAGGGCUUCAUCACGCCGCUCCGCCAGCGUUACCUGCAGCCGCUCACCUCCCUGCUCUACCCCGACUGUGGGGGGGGCAGCCUGGACAGCCACAAGGCCUUCGUGGUGAAAUACGACAUGGACGAAGACCGGGACCUGAGCUACCACUACGACAACGCAGAGGUCACGCUGAACGUUUCCCUCGGAAAGGACUUCACAGAGGGAAACCUUUAUUUUGGGGAUAUGAGACAG